AUGGCUCCUCUAGUCGACGAUUUUGAGUCGCUUUCAAAGAAACGCAAGAAACUCUUUGGUAGCAUCAACAACGAACUGGACUCACUCAUCCAAUUGCUACAGGAUCUUGACAAAAAACUGGACGCUGAAGAAUCAAAUGAUGCUGUAAAUGUAGACGAAGAUGUCAAAUCUGUCGGUAUUGAUCAUGGAAGCACGUCCAGCAGUGCUCUUGAUGUGAAGAAUGGAUCACCCAGUGACUGCGGAAUUAUUCUAAAGGAGCUUGCAUCUACGGUAAAGUCACUAGACAUACACAAGAAAAUAAAUAAGCGUAUCAAGGAGUUCAAUAGUGAAUUUUCUACUGCAAAAAGGAAUGUUUUUGGCCAGCCUGCUUCCGACAGGUUGGAGACUUUGGCGCCGAUAAAGCUCGAUGAGAAGCUUGUAUGUCGAAUGAUCGGGAUGCACUUGCUUCAUUAUGGCCUAUUUGAUGUCUAUGAACAACUAAAGUUGGAGUCCAUCAAACUUUGGGGUGAUGACAACAAGGCUAUUGUAGGAUCUGUAACUGUAGAAGCGUACAAAAUUUUACACAGAUUUCUGGAUAAUAUUAAAAACUGCAACAUUGACCCAGCCAUUGAAUGGAUUGAGAGUCAGUAUGAUAAAUCUACACUACACACUGAACGAUUUAAUGAGUUGCUCAUUAAUCUUUAUAAAAUCCAGUUUUGCAAUACAAAGGAAUGUGGUAUGCAAAAGGUUAUAAACAAGGUAAAAAGCACUGGGAUAACAAAAAUCUGGAAAGUCCACAAUGAAGAGAUUGGUAAAUUAAUGACCCAAAUUGUGCUGGGAGAACCUACCCCCGCUGAUUUUGAACUUGUUAAGACCAAGACCACCAAGCUUUUUACACGGGUAUUUUGUGAAGCUGGUGUACUAGUAAAGAGACCACCUGGUUAUAUACAUAUCCGGGAAGAAAAUGAACUCCUAGAACCUGGAAUUCAUACACUAGAGCCAGAGUCUGAACUUGUACAGGAGCCCACAAGAGAUGUGUCCAGCAAAUUCAUCUAUAGACGAUGGAUUAAUGAAGAAAAGGAUCAGAACAUUUAUGCCUCUAAGCAACCGUCUAGUUCAUGGCUUGAUGCUCUUUCAGCUAUUUCACGGAAACCUGCACAGGUAUACACACGCAUGCAACCUAUUCGUAGGGGCCUUCCAAAGAAUUGGUUAUCUGUUUGCACAAGCAAUGAAAAGAAGGAUCCUAAAAUGGCAUAUAGGUACCUUAACUCUGGGGCACUAUCGGAUGGAUGUUUUAUAAGAUAUGUUCGCACCAGACUCGAUGGAAGAGAAGAACCACCUCCGAGGGUUAGCUUAUCAAAGGGAACAAUUAAAAGUAUCUUGUCUGACCCAGAAACUACAUGCAGGCAAAUUUUGAAUAUUUCAAGCCUGCCAGACUGCACGUAUGAUACAGUGACACCUCCUAAUCCUUACGUGGACAUUUCAGAAGAGCGUAGUGAUAGAGGUACAACCGUCUUAAUCGCGAGUGCAGAUGACUCUGAUGAUAAUUUUCUUGGUAGGGUCGAUUCUGACGAAUCACAAAGGGGAUUACCCACAUUUUCCCUUACGGUAUUUGCUGGAUCUUCCCUCUUUAGGGAUUCGAGACUAUCCCAAAUCACAGAAAACGAACUGAUGCCAGCCAGACUUUUAAACGUUUCCUCAGGUUCACGCAUACAUAUCAGAUUCCCAGGAAGGGAAGAAAGAAGGAGAGAACAUGUCAUACGACCAUUUGAAUCGGAAGAAUCUACUACUCAAACAUCUGAGCGCUCAAGCGCUACACUUCGGGACAUUUUGAGGAUGAUUAUGAGAGGAUUGCGUUCAGAAUCCUCACAACCGACAACGGUUGUCCACCUCAGAAACGAACCGGUAUCGCAACCAAGCAUCGAUGAUAUUAAGGAACCCGCUCCACCAGAGGUAAAGCGGACGAGGGUACAGGUUGAUGAGCAAGAAUCUAGCGAAUUUAUCAAGGUUCAUUUACCAUAUGAAAGUCCACUAUCGGUAAUAACAUGUGCUGGUCAUGUAACAUUGCCUUAUCUGGUAGACGUCUUCCGUCUCUUGUUCAACGAGAGGCGUGAGGUGUACUCCAAGGUUGGGAUGUGGUUAAAGUCGAACCAGCAGCUUCCUGUGGAAUCAGACCUUGGCCCAGCAUUUUACUUUCACAGUUUUCUCACAUGUGCAGUUUCAAAGGAUCAGACAAGCAGCGAAAACCCUCCGAUCAUGCUGCCAUGUGGUCACGUCAUCUGCAAGGUUUGCUUUGACAGGCUAAGCGGGAAGAGACGCAAGAAGCACUUCAAGUGUCCAAUGUGUCCCACUAUGGUAGAACCUAAUCAGGUAUGUCUACAGCUUUAA